AGGCAGGGGGAGACAAACAGGAGCGGGGCCUGGGGUGGAGCAGGGGUGGAUUGUAGGCGGGGGUCUCAGGGGAAGGAGGCCAAGCAGGAGUGAGCCUCAGGAGGGAGUAGAGUGGCAGGGCCACGAUUCGGGUCAUGGUGCCCACCCCCUUCUAGGGAGCUUCCAGCGCUCAAGCCUAGCUUCCCCAAAUGCAGGAGUCAAUUGCCGCCCAUGCUCAUUAGUUUGAACUCAGUGAGAAAAUAUCCCAGACUGGCCUAUUGUCCUGCAUAUAUCUGUGAGGCAAGGGGAGAAGCUGUCAUCAGGGUUGAGGUUGGCGAUUGGAGUGGAGGUCUGAGUUUGAAUAGCCAGACCACCAGGGUUAUUACAAGAGCCCAAUGUAGAUUAUGCAGUUGAAGGAGGCUUUGAAAAGAGCACUUUCACAAUCAGCCACAGUAGUGUUUUUUCCUGGAUUAUUUUCUGGGCCUGGAGUUUUGGGUGCUGAAAAGAACUAUGUAGUGCUUGCUGUACCUUUAUAAAUGACUGAGUGUUUCCCUGAAGCUAUGAUUCUGUGGUGCUUGUUGUGCAUUGACAAGUAUUGUUCGUUUUGACUACUGCUGUGCAUUCUGUAAUAUUUGUUAUGAACUAAUAAAGAUUAUUUGAUUCUCCAAAAAUAGUUUGGGUGGAAGAAGAGAGUGCAGAAAAUUAACAUGCAAAAACCCCAUAGGCAAUGUUAUACAAACUUUUAACAUAGCUUAAUGGCAUGAAAAUUUAAAAUUAUAAAGGAAGUCAACAUUGUCCCUCUGAGCAAACAAACGUAGUCCCGUGUGGCUUCACGUGCACCAAUCAUGGCUCUCGCAGGUCAGUGUGUGGUGUGUGUGGUGUGUGUGUGUGUGUGUGUGUGUGAAACUGUGGUUUUCCUUGCUGCCCCCAGAUGUGGAGUUGUAGAGGUAAUGAUGUGGCCCCAUGAUGCCAUGUGGUAUUUGGUGGGGUGUAGAGAGCAGCAACCAUAGAGUUAUCCCAAGGAGUGUAAAUGAUUGGAGAGUCUGGGAUUUUUGGACCCAUAGAUCAACGAUGGUCUGCAGCAUUUUGGUUUGAGGCCUGAGAAUACCCCAAAUUUCCUGCUCUUUGUUCUGCUGGGACUUCUGCCUUUUUUUUUCUGUCCUCUUUUUCUCAUACUGUUGGUAAUAUUGGCCCUCCAAGCCUUUUGUUCACAGUAUGAUGCAGCACCUCCUUGCAGAAUCUCACAGAAUAUGUCCUCCCUAGUCCUUACAUUCUCUUCCUCAUCAGGGUCAGGCAUCCUGCAGCCAUGGAGGGCGCCCGCCUCAAAGUCACUAUGCUAGAAGGUGUUGAUUAAAAACAGGUGUGCCCCUGGAUUUACAUCAUAAGGGAAAGAUAAGUUUUAAAAUUCCCUUCCCUUAUUCCCAUAAAUGCUUUUAAUAAGAAAUGCUUAUUGAUUCUUCAGCUGUGGAGCACCUCAGCAGAACAUUGCUCUCAAGCCCCAGCCAUGGUUCUCUAUUGUUGGAAUCAAAGAUAAAUCCAAACACUGCAUAUCAAAAACAGCAGGACACCUUGAUUGUUUGGUCAGAAGCAGAGAAUUAUGAUUUAGCGCUGAGUUUUCAAGAAAAAGCUGGCUGUGAUGAAAUUUGGGAAAAAAUCUGCCAGGUUCAAGGUAAAGAUCCAUCAGUGGAAGUCACACAGGACCUUAUUGAUGAAUCAGAAGAAGAACGCUUUGAAGAAAUGCCUGAAACUAGUCAUUUGAUUGAUCUUCCUACUUGUGAACUCAACAAACUUGAAGAGAUUGCUGACCUAGUUACCUCUGUUCUCUCCUCACCCAUCCGUAGAGAAAAGUUAGCGCUUGCCUUGGAAAAUGAAGGCUACAUUAAAAAACUAUUGCAGCUUUUCCAGGUUUGCGAAAAUCUAGAGAACACUGAAGGUUUACAUCAUUUGUAUGAAAUUAUUAGAGGAAUUUUGUUCCUCAAUAAAGCAACUCUGUUUGAGGUAAUGUUUUCUGAUGAGUGUAUUAUGGAUGUUGUGGGAUGCCUCGAGUAUGACCCUGCUUUGGCUCAGCCAAAAAGGCACAGGGAGUUCUUGACCAAAACAGCAAAAUUUAAAGAGGUUAUACCUAUAACAGACUCUGAACUUAGGCAAAAGAUUCAUCAGACUUACAGGGUACAAUACAUUCAGGACAUCAUCUUGCCAACACCGUCAGUUUUUGAAGAGAAUUUUCUUUCUACCCUCACUUCCUUUAUUUUCUUCAACAAAGUUGAGAUUGUCAGUAUGUUACAGGAAGACGAGAAGUUUCUGUCUGAAGUUUUUGCACAAUUAACAGAUGAAGCUACAGAUGACGACAAAAGACGUGAAUUGGUUAACUUUUUCAAGGAGUUCUGUGCAUUUUCUCAGACAUUACAACCUCAAAACAGAGAUGCAUUUUUCAAAACUUUGGCAAAGUUGGGAAUUCUUCCUGCUCUUGAAAUUGUAAUGGGUAUGGAUGACUUGCAAGUUAGAUCAGCUGCUACAGAUAUAUUUUCUUAUCUAGUAGAGUUUAGUCCAUCCAUGGUCCGAGAAUUUGUAAUGCAAGAAGCCCAACAGAGUGAUGAUGAUAUCCUCCUCAUCAAUGUAGUUAUUGAGCAAAUGAUCUGCGAUACUGACCCUGAACUUGGUGGGGCUGUUCAAUUAAUGGGGCUCUUACGUACUCUGAUUGAUCCAGAGAAUAUGUUGGCCACAGCUAAUGUAAGAAAAUGCAAAGGGAAAACAGAGAAAAGUGAAUUUCUCAAUUUCUUCUACAACCAUUGUAUGCAUGUUCUCACCGCACCACUCUUGGCUAAUACUUCAGAAGACAAAUGUGGAAAAGAUGCAGUAGUUGGGUCCAACAAGAGUAACACUAUUUGUCCUGAUAAUUAUCAAACGGCACAGCUGCUUGCCUUAAUUUUGGAGCUGCUCACCUUUUGUGUGGAACACCACACAUAUCACAUCAAGAAUUAUAUUAUGAACAAAGAUUUGCUAAGAAGAGUAUUGGUCUUGAUGAAUUCAAAACACACAUUUUUGGCCUUGUGUGCUCUUCGCUUUAUGAGGAGGAUAAUUGGCCUGAAGGAUGAAUUUUAUAACCGUUAUAUCACCAAAGGGAACCUGUUUGAGCCAGUUAUAAAUGCUCUUUUGGAUAAUGGAACUAGGUACAAUCUGCUGAACUCAGCUGUAAUUGAACUGUUUGAAUUCAUCAGAGUGGAAGAUAUCAAGUCACUUACUGCGCAUAUAGUUGAAAACUUUUAUAAGGCACUUGAAUCUAUUGAAUAUGUUCAGACAUUCAAGGGGCUGAAGACUAAAUACGAACAGGAAAAAGACAGACAAAAUCAGAAAUUGAACAGCGUCCCAUCCAUAUUGCGUAGCAACAGAUUUCGCCGAGAUGCAAGAGCCUUAGAGGAGGAUGAAGAAAUGUGGUUCAAUGAAGAUGAAGAGGAAGAAGGUGAAGCUGUUGUACCUCCAAUAGAGAAAUCAAAACAAGAGGAUGACUUUCCAGAUAGUUAUGAAAAAUUUAUGGAAACUAAAAAAGCUAAAGAGAGUGAAGACAAAGAGAAUCUCCCAAAAAGGACUUCAGCUGGUGGAUUCAAAUUCACUUUUUCCCACUCUGCCAGUGCAGCUAAUGGAGCAAAUAGUACAAACAAUAAAUCUGUAGCAGCUCAGACGUCACCAGCAAGUUCUAAUGGUUCCUCUUCAAAGAAUAUAAACUUGACUACAGCGGUAACAGCCGCUAAGCAGGGAAGUCUAGUUGGCCUAGUGGAUUAUCCAGAUGAUGAAGAGGAAGAGGAAGAAGAGGAGACAUCCCCAAGGAAAAGACCCCGUCUUGGUUCAUAAGAACAUUGAAAUUUAUAUUGUGAGGUCUUAAAUGCUGCAACUGUUCAAAGAGCUAAAACGAGUCUGAAUCAGAAAGCUUUCUCCCUUGAAUAUAUGAGAUAAUACAAGGAGUAGCAAAAGAAACUCAGUAUAUCAGUGAGAAAGGUUUAGUUCUGCAAACAUCAGGCUUCCAAGGAACUUAAUCUCUUUCUAGUAAAAUAAGGAGUCUGCCAUUCAGUUGGGAGGGGAGGAGGGAGGGUUAGUAAUCAGAACCUGGAUGACAGCUUCUCAGCAAGGAAAGUCUCAGGUUUUGGGAGGGUACGGGGAGGGAGGAAGGUGUAGUUAACAAUUUUUAAUAUUGCAGGGUUUCUCCAGUGUGUAACAGACCUAGAAAAAAAUGUAAAGCUUCAGUUGCAAACCCAGUAAUCUUAAUUUUGUAAUGGUGCUGUCCAUAUUGUUCUUUUAGCAAUUGCCUCUUUUUUAAAAAAAUGAAGGGAAAAUAAUUCUAUUUCCAUUAAAAAAAAAUAAAUUCAGAUUUUGGGACCAUUAGUUGCAAAUUUAAUAAAAUGUUUGACAGAUGGAGUGGGGAGCAUCCGGAAUAACUGUGCAUGUUGAGUUGUAAAAAAUGUGAACUUUCAACUCGCAUUUUGAAGAGAAGAAAAAAAGCAAGCUGGAUAAGGGACAGUUCAGUUAAUUUGAUUGUUUUUUAAACUGGAUAUCCAGCAAUAUCUAUGGCAAGGAUCGGUAGCUUCCAAAAAGGUCUCCAGAAAGUGCUAGCAUCAAUAAACUAGUACUUUAAACUACACACUAAGUACAGCUAGCAGUUUUUCAGGUGACAGAAGAUAGUGAAUUGAGUCACUUUCUGUUUUAUUAGUGGAGCUCUCUUCCUUGAGCAGCAGGUGCAUUUUUACAUUUGUAGGUUUAAAUUGUGUAAUUGAGGUGGUUAUAAGAAACACUAAUAAAGUGGCAUUUAACACCCGAAAGCCAUUUUGGACCAAGAAGGAAUUAUUGCUAACAAUAUACCAGUCUCUGUAUGAGGCAGAAUCAACAUGCAGCAUCUGAACCUGGGUGUAAUAUGAAAGCUGCUUUUUAAAGAGUAAAAGCACAUUCCAUGUACGUAAACUAAUUGCAACAAAAAAAAAACCCCCCAACAGAUAAAUUGAUGGAGGUAAACAGUUUAAGAGGUUUUAUUUUCAAAGAGCAGCAAGUGAACUGUAAAUAUUUUAAUGUUAGUUUCCCCUAUAUGAUCUGAGAUCAUGCUGAAGUGAGGAACCCCCCCCCCGAAACUACAAUUAAUGUGUCAGAGAUGUUAAACUAUGAAACCAGCUGCAAACCACAACAUAGAUCACUCUUGUAAUAUGUGUUAUGGGUCCAUUUCUCCUGGAAUAGUUUAAACUGAAACAGGUUUACCUGUUUUGGAGAUUUUGUAGUUAAUUUUAAUUUUAGCUAUUGUUUGGAAAAUAUGGACUGUCUGUGUAGAUAUGAAAUAUAGUUUUUUUUCCAUAAAACAGAAGUUUAUUUUGUAUUAAAAUACCACUGUACUUGUUUUACACCAUUUGUAUACAUGUGGUGAUAUUAAUGCUGAACUGUAACAUUCAGGAAUUAAAAUGUGACCCUGUAAUUCCAUAAUUAUUGCUUUUGUUUGGUUUGUUGUACAUGGUAAGUUAACUCAUAAUUUUGGAAUGUGGCCAUUUUAAAGUAUUCUUUAAUAAGACACACUAUUCAUGCGGUUUUUAAACUAUUAUUAUAUACCACUAGAUCAAAUACCAACCAGAAUGCAGGAGUUCUUACCAACCAGUAAGCUAGACACAAAGCAUUCUGAUUGAUGACAGUUAAUGUGGGUGGACCUGGGGGAAUUAUUGUUGCCCCUUGUAGGCUCCAGGCAAUCAAGAAUGUGGCCUCUCCUCUUACCCAUUUGGUAAGCUAGCCUCCAACUCAAAGGCAGUGACUAGGGAAGCUCAUUCAAAUGUGAUUGGAAUAUCGUCACCAUAUGCUUGCUCACCAGAUCUCCAUUUUAUAUUUUCUUGACAAGUCGUGUCUCUCCAUGCUUAAAGAUGACAAUUUCCUACAAAGUCAUAGUUACCACUAAGAAGGCUCCAAAGUGAUGUAGUGUCUGCCUUUCCUCUUCAGAGGCUGGAACCAUCACCUGACCUCAAUCCAAUUUUUUUUCUAAUAAAAAAAAUUACCCUAAACAAAGUUCUUUGAUUCAAAAGUGUUGGUUUCUCAUUUUUUCCCCUAGAACCUUUCCCUUCUGAAGAACUGCCAAGAGCUUUAAGAAUACAUUCAGACCAGCUCAUGAGCCUUUAUUCUAUAGCAAAUAAGUGAAUGUUAUGAAUUUUUAUAGUUACUCUAGAAGAAUAAAACUAUAUGAAGAGACAUUUGAUGUCAUCUUAAGGUUUGAACAUUUUUAUCAAACUUUUUAAACCCCCUUGGGAGGGUGACAUAUGGAGCUCCCACUCAAACUGGCUAACAUGCAGGGUCACCUGCCUCAGGCAAAGAUUCUUUUAUCUAUGAUUUAUUAUAUGCUGUCUGCAUUCUGCUAGGGACAGACACAUUCUAAUGCCUGGGGCCCCUCCACUACAGAUUUUUUUUUUUUUUUUUAGAAAAAAUAUUACAUCUGCCAACAUGUAUCAGUUAUAAAUACUAUUUUAAUAAAAAGUUACAU